CGGGGCGAAGCAGUCAUGUGACCACGAGAGCAGCCAAUAGGAGGCGCGGAGGCCUGGCUGGGGAGAGCGCCUUUCUGUCAUGGCGCCUGCGAGGUUUUGCGUCCCUGGAGAACGACUGUGUAGCUUAGAAGAAGGAAUUCCUGGGAGUGGCACCUACACACGUCAUGGUUUUAUCUUUGCCUCUUUGGCUGGUUGUCUUGUGAGGAAAAGUGAAAAUGGCACGCUCCCUGUUAUCUCUGUGAUGAGGGAUGUGGAGUCUCAACUUUUGCCUGAUGUGGGAGCCACAGUGACAUGCAAGGUUUGCAGUAUUAACUCUCGUUUUGCAAAGGUCCACAUCUUGUAUGUUGGCUCUUCACCACUGAAAUCCCCAUUCCGUGGAACAAUCAGGAGGGAGGAUAUUCGAGCUACAGAGAAAGACAAGGUAGAGGUUUACAAAAGUUUUCGCCCUGGAGAUAUCGUUUUGGCCAAAGUUAUCUCUUUAGGUGAUGCACAAUCCAACUACUUAUUGACCACAGCAGAGAAUGAAUUGGGGGUUGUGGUGGCUCAUAGUGAAGCAGGUGUACAGAUGGUUCCAAUCAGCUGGUGUGAAAUGCAGUGCCCCAGUACACAUGGCAAAGAGCUGCGCAAGGUAGCCCGGGUACAGCCCCAGUUUCUGCAAACAUAGUGGUUACUGCAUCUAUUAAGUUGCACAGCUAGUAGACAAAGAUGUAGCUCCAUGCCAGGAGCAAGAGAAACUCAAAAGGAGUCUCCUCAGCUGUUGCUGAAAAUAAGGAUGCAAAGCCAGAGCUAGGACUCUAGCAACAUCUCUUUGCUUUUGCCUCUGGACUGAAUGAGGCUUUGACUACAGGCUAUUUCUUCCAGUUUUGUACCGUUUUGUAAAGCAAUAAACUUUUCUCAUAAUC